AUGUCAUAAUGUCAUAAUCGCAGGUUUGCUCAUACCGAGAACACAUUUGGCGUUGUAAACACCAAGUCAACAAAUCAAUCGUACAUUUCAUUACAAUAAAAACUACAGCAGUGUGAAUUCCAAUUCAAUGUUUUAAUUUUCCUAUGGUUUCGCUUAUAAUUCAUAUUAUUUUCGAUACACGUGCGUUUUGUAUCAAUUUGAUCCGGCACAUUGUUGAAUUCAAGUGACUUGAGUGAAAAUGGCGAAUCGUUUCAAGCCAUCCAUUCCAGCGAAGGGAGAAACGAAGGACGAAGAAAUUACGACGAUCAAAUGUGCGCUAAAGACAAUCAUUCGCCCACAAUACCAGCAAGCAUUGAUGAGCAAAAUGACGGAUCUGAGUUUGCAAGCCACUUCCAUUUGUGUUUUGGGCACAUUGCUGUUCUUGUUUGAAGGGCAAAAGGCCUUUGAAUAUAGGCGUCGAGAACAAUAAUUUCGCAUUGUUUGGUGGAAGUGGAGAAGAUAAGAUCAAACUGUGCUUUGAACAAGUGCUAUGGCACAACAAUCAGCCACCAAAACCGAAGUCAAGGUAUAAACCAAGCGGAACAAAGCCACGAGGACCACGAGCAGAGCUGCCACGUAUCGAUCCUGAAUUCAAAGCAAUUGUCGAAGGUCUUGACGACUAUCAUCGUAUCGAUUGGCCCAACAACAAAGAUUUCUGCAAUGGCCUUAAGCAUUUGACCAAUCAGUACACAGAUAACGUCGUCACCAAUUUAACAACGCAUGCUAACAAACACAUCACCCAGUACUUGAAACUGAAGGUUUUCCAAUGGAAUUCAGACGUAGGAGAUGAUGCAGAGAAAUUUUUGCCAAGUGACAUCGCAAGUGUUGUGAAUCUGAUCAUCAAACAAAAAGACAUCAAAGUGCCAAUUCGCGAUCCAAACAAACUCGAACGGUGUAGCGUGUUGUAUGACAUGGUGAACGACCUGAAUGUGUUUCCAGAUAUCGAUCUGCAUGACCUCACGACUAGCAAACAACAUUGGUUUAAGGCCAUGCCAAUGUACCUAUCUAUGCAGCGCGAGAUAGAAGAGUACAAUUCGGAGUGGCCACAUCAGCGCCGACCCAAACGUAAGAAAAGAAAGCGAAAAAAGACAAAAGGAAAAUGGAAACGCAAGCGCAGCCAAAUGCUCGACAACCCAGAUUUUCGGCCAUUCAUCCGAAAUUUAGUAGUGGUGCCGAUGUGUGAUUUCCGGCGUACGCACUUCAAAAUCGAUUGUCCAUCCAUGCGACAGGUGUUGUCUUCGCAAAAAUUAUUGCCGAAAGUGGAAAUUGAGAAUAAAAAAGGAACAACAAGCACAACAAUUAUUCCAGAAAAGGAUUUCAACCGGGACAGAGAUUAUUGGUGGAAUCAGUAUUUUUACAUGCGAAAAAUUCGACGAUUCGUGCGUGCCAAAAAGCAGUUUGACUUUUCCAUAAACACCGAUGGAAUCUCUGUGUCUCUCCAGUACUCGGCCAAAAAGAAGACAGUUAACAAAGAAAUCGACCAAAAAUCUCGCAUUAUUCAGAAGAUUGAGGAUGGCACAAUCAAAAAUUUUUCGGGCGUUGAUUCAGGUGUGCGAAGUUGGAAUACCACAACAACACACGACAUUGAAACUGGCAAAGAAACCAACUUUGUAAUGUCGAGCAAGCAAUUCCACUGGCAAACAGGUCAAAAGGUGCGAAAUGCCAAAGCAAAGCGAUGGACCAAAAAUUUCGUCGAAAAGGAGCGCGCAGACAGAGAAAAUCGUGAGCUGUAUCCAGUGAUGCCGUCGCCAAAAGGUUCAAUGUGGCUGAACUACAUCAAACACCGAGUCAAGAUGAUGAAGCAUGGAAUCUGCGCUUACUCGACUGCCAAAUACACUCGACUCGCCUUGGACAAACACAUCAAGAGCAGUAGUGUUGUCGACGAAUGGGUGAAUAAGGUGACCGAUAAGAAACCGACUCUGUUCUUUUUUGGUGCUGAUGGCGAAAUACCACCUGAUAGCCCAAUAAGUAUCAAGAAGCACGUGCGCUGCCCAGGGGUUCGUAAGACUUUGAGGUCAAUAAAGAAGCGCCGAAAUUGUUUCAUACAAUUGGUGGACGAAUGGGGAACAUCUCGCAACAGACGCAAGAUGUAUGCAUCGAUUCGAAAACCAGAACAAAGCAGCCAGAUUCAAGAAAUGCCGAUGCGUACCCGACGCCAGAACAUUGCUGCCAACGAAAAUUGUGUCAAAGUUGGGCAAAACGGAUCUAUCGAUUUACCGACAGUUACAACGCGCCAUGAACGAAGAAGCAUCGGAAGAGGACGAGUGUUUAUUCCCAAAAGUAAAAUGUUACUACAAAAACUGGCGAUUAAACCUCAAAUGCUCUGUGAUUUGGCAUUGUGACGUCGUGGCUGCUAAGAACAUUCUACUGAAAGGACAUUACUGGGACUUCCGAUACCAGGGGCGAUCAAUAGGUAUUGGCGCGAAGCUGGUGAAGCAGCCGCUGCUGUUGCCGCUGCUGCUGCCGCCAGAGCAACCGCUGCUGCUGUCGCCAUCGUGGAUAAUGAUGUAGAAAUGUUCGAGUACGACCAGCAGCCAGCUGAUCAUGCUGUCUAAUCAGCACAUUGCAAACAAAAAAAAACAAAUGUAACAUUAGUUAUUAAAGGCUAUCCCGAUCAUGUGGGAUAGUUGCGUUGAAGCAAGUUGACUCCCCAUCUGGUUGAUGUUAACUGCGCAGGAGUACUUUAGUGGGUGUUUUUAGGUAAGCAUUAUUCGAUUUUGCAAAGAGUUUUUUGCUUCGGGACGUGCCAAUAUCAAUCGAUUCUUUACAUUAAUGCCAUAAUUUGAAACAGAAUUUGAAUGAAACUACACAUUUCAUCGACACAUUUGCCAUACGUACGACCGUUAUAAAUCAUAGCAAAUAAGAAACUUCAGCGGUUUUAAUAGAUUUGCAUUCAAUUUUAUUAAUGAAUGUAUGGUUUUUAAUUGUAAGUUAUUUAUAAUUGUAUUGUAUAAUUUAUCUUAUUCAUUCUUUGAUUUUCUGGCUUCUUCAUUAUUUUUUUCUUCUGUUCAGUACAUUUGUGGUGUGUUUGUUUGACAAUAUAAUCAAUUUAAGAUUGUCAUUUUAAUUUCAUAAAUUCUGCCUGAAUGAGAAAGUCUUGAAAUUUCAAUGAGUCGUUUAUUUUGUUUUUGUAAUAUAAGUUAUCCGCUAAAUUUUCGGUAUGGAUGAGUAAUUGAUGUAAGUACGAAAGCGAUGUUAAUUCCACUAAAUGUUAAAAUAUCGGAUUUUCCCCUCAAUUUCCGUUGAAACAAUGCCGAAUUCUCUAUCAAUAGUAUUUUAUCUAGAUUUUCACCGGUAUCAUAAGCAAUUUUCGUUCGCAUUUCCUUUCUGUUAUCUGAUGAAUAGUGAUAUUUUAAGAGCUUCGAUGAUUCGAAAAAUGGUGAACGGAACAAAUGUCAAAACUAUGGAAUGUCGAUCAUCACAUUUUUGUUCAAUUUUGUAGGAUUCAAUUUUUUUUUUGCAUCAUAUACGAUAUACUUAUAACAUAUUCCGUAUGUUUUUUUCCAAAACAAGCAAUAAUUUUAUACAUGGAAUAAAAUUCAAAUUGAUACCAAGAAAUUUUUGUUCGUAUCUUCUUUUUUCGUACAAGCGACAAUUUUAGUGACGAAAUAAAAUAUUAGUUUAAUUUUUAAAAAGAAAUACCAAAAAUAUUGUAAAUAACAAAAUUAAUAAAUUAACUUUUCUUUUCCACUUGUUAGAUAAAAAAUACAAUGUAAACAUUUUUUCGGACCAAUAUUUAUCGGGAAAAAUCCACAGUUAAAAUGUCUCAAAAUGCAUUAAAUUGAAGUAUAUAAAUUUGGAUUUGUUGAACGCCUUCAUUCCAUAUUGUCAAAAAUCAUUUUUUGUAGAAAUUUGUAAAUUGUCAAAAUUGGAUAUUUGAAAAAAUGAAAAAAAUUGGCAAGUCAAAUCCAGCAUCAAUGGGUAAAUUGUCAACUGUAUAAAAAUGGUCAAUGUGAUGAGAUUCUGUUCGCUGAAUAUAUAUGUAGGAAUGUUCUGAUGAAUGGCAAUUUUCUCAAACAAGCUUGGAGUUUCAAUGGUGGCGGCUACUAAAAUAUGUAAUAAAAUUUUCUGUUUUUCUUUAAUCUGUGCCUUGUUAGACAACAAUUUAACACCAAAGAACAAAAACGACACAAAUCAAUAAAUAUUUUUUUUUUGUAUAUCUAAA